UAGCUAGAGGGAGUGUUCUAUGUUGUUGCUCUAGUAGUGCGUACAGAAUCAAUAACACGCAAUGACAUCACUGGUUUCCAUUGGAAUAGACAAAGCAGCAGGAGGAGAACGGCUGCGGAAGGAUGCUGUUCCCGGCGCAGAGACCCGAAGCAAGGAAAAUGCUCCCUUUUCGUAUGUUACAUAUGAAACUACUCAUCUCGAUGCAUUAACACUAAUGCAACCAUUUUAAUGAAGGCUAAAAAAACCAAAACUGGUACCAGGUGGCGAAUCAGACAAAGAAUGUACUGGGGUGUUGGUUUUGCUUCGCCCCGAUCUUGUGUGGUUGAUCUGAGCUGGAAUCAAAGCUUUUCCUUCGGGCUCUGUAGCUCUGAUGACCACUAUUCCUUUUAUGGUUACAUCGUCACUUUCCCUCUGCAGGACUACAGCGGGAUCAUGUCGGGGCUGGGGUCGGAUUCUUGGUGGAAGAAAACCCUGUAUUUGACCGGGGGUGCCCUGCUCGCCGCUGCUGCCUAUCUUUUACAUGAGCUGCUUGCCAUCAGAAAGGAGCAGAAGGUAGAUUCAAAAGAUGCAAUUAUUCUUCAUCAAUUCUCAAGGCCAAAGAAUGGAGCUCCUAGUUUAUCACCAUUUUGCUUGAAGAUGGAAACAUACCUUCGAAUGGUGGACUUACCCUACCAGAAUUAUUUUGAUGGCAAACUUUCUCCCCAAGGGAAGAUGCCGUGGAUUGAAUACAACAACGAGAAAGUGUCAGGCACUGAAUUCAUUAUUGACUUUUUAGAAGAUAAACUCGGAGUAAACUUAAACAAGAACCUGAACCCGCAUGAGAAAGCGGUGUCCAGAACAGUGACUAGAAUGGUUGAAGAGCACUUUUAUUGGACUAUUGCUUAUUGCCAGUGGGUUGACAAUCUCCAGGAGACCCAGAAGAUGCUUUGUCUCUCAGGCCCGCUCAGUGAUCUUCUCAAGUGGAUCCUCAGUCACCUCACCAGGGGCAUCGUGAAGCGGGAGAUGUAUGGACAUGGGAUAGGGCGAUUCUCCAAGGAGGAAAUCUAUGCGCUGAUGGAAAAAGACAUGCGGACAUUAGCAGCUUUAUUAGGUGAUAAGAAAUAUAUAAUGGGACCGAAACUUUCCACAGUAGAUGCCACUGUGUUCGGGCAUUUGGCUCAGGCUAUGUGGACACUACCAGGGACGAGACCCGAGCAAUUGAUUAAAGGGGAGCUUAUUAACCUGGCCAUGUACUGUGAGAGGAUAAGGAGGAAGUUCUGGCCUGAGUGGUGUGACUACGGCGACUUGCUCUACGAUUACGAGGAAACCAGCGAGGACAGCGUGACACCGACACAGCUACAUGGUUACGGCUUGUACUCAAGGACUGAGACUUUCGAUGAAGAAGUUACCGAAAACAGCUUCUCCUGCUCCCAGACCCCAGAUACAGAUUAUACCGGCCACGAGCUCUUCGACUCCGACGUAGACAUGGAGGAGUCCGAUCAAGAGCAGUACAAAACUGAAUCUUUUAAAUAAAGAAUGGUAAGUAGGUAAUCCCUCAUCUUCCGUGAAAUCGAGGGGUGGGUAAUAUAUAACCAAACAUACAUAUUUAUGUUUAUGUUAUGAGCAAAGUAGUUUUAAAAUAAUAGUAAAAAAGGAAUCACACGGAGCUCUGAAUGUGGAAUUCUGAAUAAUAAAUAGUUUCUAAUGCAGAGCAAGAUUUUAAUUUUAUUUUUUUUUUUAAUUAUAAUUUAAUUUGUUUUAUAAUAACUGAAAAUACAAAUAGGUUUCUAGAUGCACUAAAGAAAUGGACCAAUGGCUUCAAUUUGGACAUCAAUGUUACAGCAGUUUUUUUUAAAUUUUUUUUAUAUAUGUAUUACUUUACCAUCCAAACCAUGAAAAUAACAUAUUUUAGCCUUACUUUCUUGUCACACUUAUGUUAAUGGGACUGGAUGCUUUUGCUAUUUCACUGCAUUACAUGAUAACAAAAAUUUAAUUUAACCUAAGGACACAUGGCAUCCAUCAGUGGCAUUCUGGCCCAUUGUUUAUGCAGCUUUGGAAUGUAAUAAUGAAACACUGGGUUAAAACACACAAUAUACCAACUACAGGGAACCAGUUAUGGAAGAGAAAUCCUUCUUGCCAUGUUAGACUACACAUGCAUCUUAAUGAUUUACUCUAAAGAGUUAAACUGUUAAUGUUACAUAACUAGUAACAAACAACAAAGUCAUACUCUGUCCUGAACUGAAAUAUCUGACUUGUUUGAUACAUCUUUUGUAACAUUAACAGUUUAAUAUGCUGUAAUAUUCACAUUAAAAAAAUAUAUAAAUUGCACUUUGGUGUACAGUUUGGUAUACCUUGAUAAAUUAGACCCUAAUACUCUCUCCAGGUUUUUUUUCACUGUAUUGUGAUUGUAUUUGGUGCUAUAAAUAAGGGAGUCACUAAAUUAACCCUGGAAGGAGUUAAGGGGGUGGCUGUUUAUACUAUUAAAAUAAAUCCCAUUGGGUGAAACAAGAAUCGUAAAACAAUCUCAUGUGUGAAUGGCAAGACUGGCUGAGUUGACAUCUGCAUACACACACAAUGUGUUAGCGAUUGGUUUAAAGGCAAGCAAACCAAUGCUUUGAAUCCUUGUUCCUUACCUCUUAUAAGCUUAAUGAAAAUGCUGUUUUAACACCUAUUACUGAGCCCCCCUUUUAUUGUAUUUAUUUAAUAUUUCGGUUCUUCACGUAUAUACACAUUUUUAACAACACUAAAAGCUAAUGCAUCUUGAUACCUUUGUUGUAGGUGCAGCUAGGCCCUUGGAGUGUGUUUAACAAAAACACAUGAGAUGAGUUGGUACCAGGCAGCUGCAGUAGCAAAUAUCUUCAUAUCCCAAAUUAAAGUAUAAAAUACAAGCAAGGAACCAAACGAUCCUCAACGUAAUAAAAGAGGGGACCAUUGGUGAUAUUGUUAAUUCCAUUAAGAGGUGAGAAUAUGGAUUUUAAAACCUUGGUUAGCUUUCCUUUAAUACCACUGUAAGAAGCAUGUCUGAUAUAGAUAGGGGAUGGCUAAGCAGACCAUGGAGCUUUACUAUGAGUAGGUCAAGUAAUUAAUUGAUCCGUUUUAGCCAUU